UAUAUACACUCUCUCAAUAUCGCACCCGUGAGACGCAAAUCCUCAGAGACCAGCAAUGGAGAAAAGUGCGAGGGAAAAUAUGCAGAAUAAUAACGAGAAGCAAGUGCAGGGGGACGAUGAUGAUCCUAAGAUCAAUUACAGAGGUUGGAGGGUCAUGCCAUUCAUCAUAGGAAAUGAAACGUUCGAGAAACUGGGAGCCAUUGGCACAUUAUCGAACCUCUUGGUCUAUCUUACGACAGUUUUCAACCUCCAAAACAUCACAGCCACCAACAUCGUCAACAUCUUCAAUGGAAGCACCAACUUCGCUACCUUGCUCGGAGCUUUUUGCUCCGACACAUAUUUCGGUCGCUACAAGACCAUAUUUUUCGGCACAUUCGCAUCCUAUGUGGGAUUGCAGGUGAUACAACUAACGGCGGCCUUCAAGAAUCUGCACCCACCUCACUGUGCGAAGGAAAGUAGUACAUGCAAAGGACCAACGGUGGGGCAAAUGGCGUUUCUUCUGGUGGGUUUUGGGUCAUUGUUGGUCGGAGCAGCGGGAAUCCGACCCUGUAAUUUAGCUUUCGGAGCUGAUCAGUUCAAUCCCAAUACAGAGUCAGGGAAGAAGGGGAUCAAUAGCUUCUUCAAUUGGUACUUCUUCACUUUCACUUUUGCCCAGAUGGUGUCCUUGACCCUCAUCGUUUAUGUACAGUCCAACGUGAGCUGGGCUAUUGGUCUGGCCAUUCCUGCAGCUUUAAUGCUUGUAUCAUGUUUUGUCUUCUUCAUGGGAUCCAAAAUGUAUGUCAAAGUGAAGCCUAACGGAAGCCCCAUUACAAGUAUUGUUCAAGUGAUUGUGGUCGCUAUAAAGAAAAGAAGACUGAAACUUCCAUCUCAGUAUUCUAUGCUCUCCCUCUUCAACUAUGUGCCUCCCAAGUCUUUGAAUUCCAAGCUUCCCCAUACCUAUCAAUUCAGGUCUCUGGACAAAGCAGCAAUUAUGACCCCAGAAGAUAAAAUAAACCCAGAUGGAUCUCCGAGUGAUCCAUGGAAUCUGUGCAGCUUGCAGCAAGUGGAAGAGGUGAAAUUAUUGGUAAGGGUGAUACCAAUAUGGGUGUCAGGCAUAUUGUACUACGUUGUUAUAGUACAACAGCACACAAUCAUGGUGUUCCAAGCCCUCCAAUCCGACAGGCGAUUAGGACAAAGUAACUUCAAAAUUCCAGGAGCAACCUACUAUGUGUUCCUGAUGCUUAGCAUGACCUUGUGGCUACCUAUCUAUGACAGAAUAAUCGUCCCUUUUCUCCGGAGGCUCACCGGAAAAGAGGGCGGCAUCACGAUCCUCCAGAGAAUGGGAAUCGGAAUAUUCCUCACCAUAUUGAGCAUGCUGGUGUCCGGGGUCGUGGAACAGCACAGAAGGUCGCUGGCUCUAACCACACCCAUCGGAGUACAACCUAGAAAAGGAGCAAUAUCAUCAAUGUCAGCUCUAUGGCUGAUUCCUCAGCUGGUACUUGCUGGACUUUCUGAAACAUUCACAUCAGUUGGACAAGUUGAGCUCUACUACAAACAAUUUCCAGAGAACAUGAGAAGCAUUGCUGGCUCACUUUACUACUGUGGAAUGGCAGGAUCAAGUUAUUUGAGCACGUUACUUAUUUCAGUCAUUCAUAAGGCCACUGAGAAAUCUGCAACUGGGAAUUGGUUGCCUGAGGAUCUGAACAAGGGCAAAUUGGACUACUUCUAUUACAUGAUUGCAGUUCUACAAGUUCUAAACUUGGGCUACUUUUUGUUGAUUUCAAAAUGGUACAGGUACAAAGGAACUGAUACCACUAGCAGCCUUCAGCUUAACCAAGUAUCAAAGCCAUCACAAACAUCCAGCAACGGUGUUUGAUUUCAUGAUUCAGAUAAUUCCAAGAAGAAUGAUGUCACAGUCAAAGUAGAGUAUCUCAAGUACCGUUCCUUUGAGCCAAAAGGAAAAAAUUAUAAAAUACUUUACUUGGUUUAGGUAUGUCUGUAUUCUAAUCGGCCUGGCUCGGUAGUAAAUAAUUGUGCGGUGAUGCGCUUUUCGACAAUCGAUGACUUGAAUGAGGAGAGACGAAAGUAGAGUCAAACGUUAGAUGGUGAGAUCGAAAGUUAUCUAGAAGCAUUGUAU